UUAUAGAAACUCAUGGAGCCAGAGCCUGGGGCCAACAGAACUGCAGUUACUGAGUUUAUUCUAUUGGGCUUGGUGGAGACACCUGGGCUGCGAACAGUUGUCUUUGUAUUCUUCUUCUUUGCCUACCUGGUCACAGUUGGGGGCAACUUCAGCAUCCUGGCAGCCAUCUUGGUGGAGCCCAAACUCCACACACCAAUGUAUUUCUUCCUGGGGAACCUAUCAGUGCUGGACAUUGGGUGCAUCACUGUCACUAUUCCUUCAAUGUUGGGUCGUCUCUUGUCCCACAAGCAAACAGUUCCAUAUGCAGCCUGCCUCACACAGCUCUUCUUCUUCCAUCUGUUGGCGGGAGUGGACUGCUUUCUGUUGACAGCUAUGGCCUACGACCGAUUCCUGGCCAUCUGCCAGCCCCUCACCUACAGCACCCGCAUGAGCCAGACUGUCCAGGUAAUACUGGUGGCUGCAUCCUGGGCUUGUGCCUUCACCAAUGCACUGACUCAUACUGUGGCCAUAUCCACACUCAACUUCUGUGGCCCCAGUGUGAUCAAUCACUUCUACUGUGAUCUCCCCCAGCUUUUCCAGCUCUCCUGUUCCAGCACCCAACUCAAUGAGCUGCUACUAUUUGGACUGGGCAUCCUUCUGGCAGGUGCACCUGUGAUUCUCAUUGUCACCUCCUACAUCCAUGUGGCAGCUGCAGUCCUGCGAAUCCACUCUGCUGAGGGCAGGAAGAAGGCCUUCUCCACAUGUGGCUCCCACCUUAUUGUGGUAGGCCUCUUCUAUGGGACAGGCAUCUUCAGCUACAUGAGGCUGGGUUCAGUGGAGGCUUCAGACAAGGAUAAGGGUAUUGGCAUCCUCAACACUGUUGUCAGCCCCAUGCUGAAUCCACUCAUCUACAGUCUCAGGAACCCAGAUGUGCAGGGUGCUCUGUGGAGGGUGGUCACUGGAAAGCGAGCACUGACAUAA